AAUAUUUUAAAUCUUGUGUUUGGUUUUCAUUCAGAUAAAUCUGCUCAAUGUGCAGUUCCAAGUAGUUCUGAGGCUAUCUACCUUACGCCAUAUAAACCCAGCUCAGCAGAAAAGAUUAACUUUGGCACAGUUCUAAAGUAUAAGUGCAAAACAGAUGUCAAAAACACUAAGGAAUCCACUUGUGUGUCUGGCAAAUGGUUACCCGAAAUUGAAUGCAAACCUAAAGAGAUUAAAAAGCAAUGCCCACCUCCACCUCAGGUCCCAGGUGCAUUGAAGGUAACAGAGAUGAGAAACUAUGAGAGUGGUGAAGAAAUAGCUUUCCAGUGUUUGGAAAAUUUUGAAGCUUCUCCUAGCAUGGACAAAAUCUUAUGUGAAGAUGGGAAAUGGCAGUCACCACCACGCUGUGUUGAAGCAAGAUGCGGACCGCCACCUGAAGUUGUUAAUGCGGAUAUUAUACCUAAUGAGAAUGAAAUGUAUCUGCCAGGAGCCAGAGUACAGUAUAAAUGUCACAGAGGCUUCCGGAGUGUGGGAUCAAAAAAGGUCAUUUGUGAAAACAGAGAGUGGUCACAACCACCCACUUGCGAAGAGGGUUCUGGAACGUGUGGGCCCCCACCUAUUACUGAAAAUGGAGAUAUCACUACUUUUCCAUUGCCACGCUAUGAACCAGAUUCAACAGUGACAUACAAAUGCAAAAAUCUCUAUAUAAUGAAGGGAUCUCAAUAUGCUACAUGCAACUCAGGGCAAUGGACAGAACCUCCAACUUGCAUAGAGCCCUGUACAGCAUCUGAGCAGGAUAUGGCAGAAAACAAUAUUAGACUGAGAUGGGCUUCAGGAGAGAAACUGUAUUCUCCAUCUGGAGAUGUUAUAGAAUUUGAAUGCAUACCUGGGUAUGUGAGGGAUCCAGCAUCUCCUCCUUUUAGAGUACAGUGCCUGGAAGGGAAAUUGCCAUAUCCUAGAUGUAAGCUCAGAGAUGUAAGAUGCAGACCUCCACCUGAAGUUGUUAAUGCGGAUAUUAUACCUACUGAGAAUGAAAUGUAUCUGCCAGGAACCAGAGUGCAGUAUAAAUGUCACAGAGGUUUCCGCAGUGUGGGAUCAAAUCAGGUCAUUUGUGAGAACAGAGAGUGGUCACAACCGCCCACUUGCCAAGAUGUGACAUGUGGCUCUCCACCUGAUAUUGCUAAUGGCUGGAUUGCAGAAAUAAAGAGGGAACGGUAUUUUCCUGGAGAGAUCAUUCAUUAUCGGUGCCGGCAAGGUCAGACCCUAACCGGACCUGCAAGAAUAGUAUGUAAGGAAGGAAACUGGUCACCACCAGGAACACCAGAAUGCAACG